AUGAUCGAUCAAGAGAAACUGGUUGAAUUGGUACAAUGGGUUAGAAAAACGUAUAUUAUUGAGAAGAACGGAAAAAAAGUUAAAAUCAGUAAAAACAUAAAACAGACCGAACAAGUUACAAUUGCAAUUUUGACUUAUCGCCCAUUGCCUGAACAUGAGAUAGAAGUUAACGACAGCCCAACCUCAGAUUUAAAAGAACCACUGGCUGACAUAACCAACAUAAUUAGAGUUCAUACAAAGAGAUUUUAUGAAACUGUUUAUACUUCUACUUCAGAAGAUGAAGAUGAUCAGCCUCUUGUUAAACAGAAAAAAACUGUGCACAUAAAACCGGGUACUUCAUAUGACCUGUCUGCAGACAACAUCCACCCAUUAUUAAUAAAAAAUGGUACACAUAUGUUAGUAAAAGUACCCAGUAAAAAUAAAGUCGAGUACACCUACUUAGGAGUUGCAAAAAGUUGUGUGGAUGAAGAUGGAGAUGUUCAGGUGAUGUUUAAUAAAACUGUCGAUGACACUGGAAAAAUAUUUAAAUUAGUAAAAUCAGAUGUAUCAGAUGUGAUGUUUGAAAACUUGAUAAAAAUAAUUCCAAGUCCUAAAGAAGUCAAAAGAGGAAGGCGUGUUUAUUACGAAUUUGAUAAACCAAUAGAAGUAUUUGAAAAGUAG